GUAUCAGAGAUGUAAAUGUUGCCUGGGUGACGUAGCACUGAUGAUUGGUGAAAGGUUUUCCAACAUUACCACUUAACUUUUCUUUAAAUAUUCUUCUUCUCCCUCCACUCAGCUGGCCAGUGUUGGAGGCGGCAGAGAGGCAGGCGGCGCUCUUGGCGGGCACCUGGCACCAUGCAGACCAACCAGCGGGAAUUCCUGGGCAGAGCGGAGGAUUUUGCAGACCAAUUCCUGCGGUACAGCAAGAAUUACCUGCCUCAUGUAGCACGACUGUGUCUGGUCAGCACCUUCCUGGAGGAUGGGCUUCGCAUGUGGUGGCAAUGGCAUGAGCAGCGUGAAUACAUGGACAUCUCAUGGGGCUGUGGCUACUUCCUGGCCACUGUCUUUGUCUUGGUGAACCUGGUUGGUCAGCUGGGAGGAGUGUUCAUGGUGCUCUUUCGCAAAAAGGUUGAGGUGGCAUGUGGCCUCCUCCUCUUCAUUGUGGUUCUGCAGACUAUUGCGUACCAGAUCUUGUGGGAUAUGCAGUUCCUGUUCCGUAAUCUGGCACUGGUGGGCGGCCUGGCACUAGUGUUGGCUGAGAGCAAGAAGGAGGCACGGUCAAUCUUUGCUGGUGUGCCUUCACUGGGGGAAAACAAGCCCAAGACUUACCUCAUGUUGGGAGGACGCAUCCUUCUUGUGUUCAUGUUCCUCACUCUUGUCAGAUUUGAGUUCUCCAUCAUGCAGAUAUUCCAGAUAGUCAUUGGUGGCCUACUGAUGGCCCUUGUGGCAGUGGGCUACAAAACCAAGCUGAGCGCCUUCCUGCUGGUGCUUUGGCUAACCGUGUUCAAUGUUUAUGUCAAUGCCUGGUGGAGCAUUCCUUCAUACAAGCCAAUGAGAGACUUCCUUAAAUAUGACUUUUUCCAGACCUUAUCCGUGAUUGGUGGCCUACUGAUGCUCAUCUCCUUGGGUCCUGGUGGUGUCAGUAUGGAUGAGCAUAAGAAGCAGUGGUAGAUGGCAGCAGCAAUAGUAGCAGCUGCAGGCCUGGAUUUUAUCUCUCUUUUUAGUGCUAAAGCCACAAAACAUUUUUAAGCUAAGAAAACAUUUCAAAAAUUUACAUUGCACUUUUUUAAGGUUUCCACUUGUUAUUACAUGAGUAAAUUAUUAAAGAUUAUAUUUGAGUUUAUAUGUGAAGUAAAGUAUCUAAUGUUAAAUGUUUUAAUGAGUUAUCCUGUCAUCAGGCUCACACACCAUCUUUUUAUGUUAAUUCAGUAAAUAUUUUAAUAUAAUGCUAUUGAUUUGUGAAUGUUGAUCAGAGAGUUUGGCAUCUCCCUCGUUUGGCAGAAAGAGUGCCUGUCUGUGUUUGCUCCUUUGUUAUUUAAUGGUGGCCUUGGUGUGAAAGCUGUGAUGGGAGUGCAUCAUGGGGGUGCUGCCUGGCACAUGGAGGCCCAUGGCUCACAAAAGGCUCACCUCAAGUUCUGCUUCUUGGUGUUUCUAGGGGUUAUGGUUAAUCUCAUACUGAGCACAAUGUUCAUAUAAACUGUGUUUGUACAUGUGUGUGUGUGUGUGGGUGUGGGUGGGGGGGUGGGGGGGUCAUUGUGUUGUGGAUGUGCAUGAAAGUGUGUGUGUGUGUGUGUGUGUGUUUUGGUAGGGGUGACAGACAAUGUGCGUCUGGUUCUUUUAUCGUAUAAUUUAUGGUUUCUUUGAUCAGUUCUCAUUACAGUUUGAAAAUUUUGACCCAUUGGUUCUUUCCAUCCAUGGGUCUGUCUUAGCCUGCCCAGUGCAGCCAUACUUCAGAGCAAGAAAGGUCUUGUAUUCUGUGAACUUUCAUAAAGUACACCUUUAAAUGAAUGUAAAAAAAAGGGUUAGUUUUGUAGAAAAAAUCAAAUGUAAAAAAAAGUUUCCACGAGUUGAUUAACACCUUUUAGGACCUUUUUUUCACAUGAAAUUUGUUUUAUAUGUACUGAUAUUUUACUAAGCAGUUCAAUUGAUGGUGUUGAUGGAAAUAUUUGUAACUUUUGUUAGUAGGAUAUUAAUAAAGAUUAUUCAUA